CCUUCCGCUUCCGGCGCGUCGGCGGUCGAGAACCAACAUGGUGGCGGCUGCGGUGCUGGUGUCCCGAGCUUCUCGGCUGCUUGGCCGGUCCCACGUCGGGCGGCCCCUGUCGAGCGGCGCGCACGGCGAGGAGGGCUCAGCUCGCAUGUGGAAGGCCCUCACCUACUUCGUCGCGCUGCCCGGGGUGGGAGUGAGCAUGCUCAAUGUCUUCCUGAGAUCUCGCCACGAAGAGCACGACAGGCAGGAGUUCGUCGCCUACCCCCAUCUCCGCAUCAGGACCAAGCCCUUUCCCUGGGGAGAUGGCAACCAUACUCUAUUCCAUAACCCUCAUACAAAUCCUCUUCCCACUGGCUAUGAAGAUGAGUAAAGAGAACCUGGACCAUCACCUAGGCACCUGGGACCACAGCUUUGGUUUGGCCCAUUCCUCUGCACGUGGACCAGAGAAGUACAUGGGACCUUAAGCUCACCCUCCUUCUUGUAUCAAAUGACAAUUAAACCAUUUUUCCAUCACUUUGCUUAUAGCAGGAGAUGGCUUAAAUAAAUAGUUUAAACUUA